UGGUCCACGGAGCCACCCCGAGUUUUAACGACAAUCAUUCGCUUAGACAUAGGCCUACGGGAUAUAUUCAUAUGCCUAUCAUUUAUGAUACAUUUGGUGUGUAAAACAAAAGUUACAACUGAAAAAGAGAGGUUUGUCAUUUAUGCUUAUAAACGUGGCGUAGGGAAUACUCAGUGAAAUGUGGACUAAACAGUUGCAAAAACAUAUUUCUCGGUUCUGUAGACAUGCGUAGCCUGUUAGAUUGGGACACGGAUCGAAUUUAGCGCAAAUGUCAACGCGGCGAGUUUGUGACGUUUGGCUGAAACCGCAAGUCUGAGGCAAGGCGCGGGCCACUCCGACGGACGACGAGGAUAGCGACGGGAUUUUGUUUCAAUAUCAGAGUUACCGCGAAUUUCAAUGUGACCCAUUACGUCCAUCGAUAUGUUAUCACAUGAAUCCGUACGCAUUCGCUUUAUAAUUUGUAUUGUGACACACCGCUUGAGAGUGGAGGGGCAAAGAUCAGAUCAGGACUGAGUGCACGUGUUUGUGAGAAUUACCGGAGACGCAGACAUCAAACGGAUCGGUUCGGAUCGGCUACCACAACAACGAUCACGACGCGGUUCAUUUCUGACGACCUCGAUGGUGUAUGAACGCGUUGACAGUCCUGGAUCUACUGCUGCGCUUUGCCGUCAACUUUUGACUUUCUCUCCCGGAGAUAAUAACCCCACUCCGGCACAGCCCCAUCCAAGUUUUGAGCGUCGGAUUCCGGGGAAGGGAAGAAGGGCACGGAGGAGAUAUGGCGGUGACCGUGACUUUAUCGCUCUCUCUCCUUCUCUUAUCUCUCUCAAGUACAGGAGCGGAGAAUGCAGAGGAGCGGCUGGUGAACUACCUGUUGAGUCCAGAGCGUUAUAACAAACUGAUCCGUCCUGCUGUUAACAAGAGCCAGCAGGUUACCAUCUCUAUACAGGUGUCUCUGUCACAGCUCAUCAGUGUGAAUGAGAGAGAGCAGAUUAUGACCACCAACCUCUGGCUGUUCCAGGAGUGGAAUGACUACAGACUGAGAUGGGACCCAGAGAAAUACGAAGGGAUCAAAAAAUUACGAAUCCCAUCUCAACACAUUUGGCUUCCUGAUAUUGUUCUCUACAACAAUGCGGACGGGGUGUACGAGGUCUCCUUCUAUUGCAACGCCGUGGUGUCCAACACAGGAGACAUCUUCUGGCUCCCGCCUGCCAUCUACAAGUCAGCCUGCGCCAUCGAGGUCCAGCACUUCCCCUUCGACCAGCAGAACUGCACACUCAAGUUCCGCUCGUGGACCUACGACCACACCGAAGUCGACCUCAUCCUCACCAGUGACUUCGCCAGCCGGGACGACUUCACGCCGAGCGGCGAGUGGGACAUCGUGUCGCUGCCCGCCCGCAAGAACGAAGACCCCGACGACAUCACCUACCUGGACAUCACCUACGACUUUGUCAUCAAGAGGAAGCCUCUGUUCUACACCAUCAACCUGAUCAUCCCCUGUGUCCUCAUCACAUCUCUGGCCAUCCUGGUCUUCUACCUGCCCUCUGACUGUGGGGAGAAGAUGACCCUGUGUAUCUCUGUCCUGCUGGCCCUCACUGUCUUCCUGCUGCUCAUCUCUAAGAUAGUACCGCCCACCUCUCUGGCGGUGCCUCUCAUAGGUAAAUACCUGAUGUUCACUAUGGUGUUGGUCACCUUCUCCAUCGUGACCAGUGUGUGUGUCCUCAACGUUCACCACCGCUCCCCGUCCACCCACCGCAUGCCUGACUGGGUCAAACGCCUCUUCCUGCUCCGCCUCCCCGCCUUCCUUCUCAUGAGACAACCCGGGAACAAUAAUGUCCAGGAAAAACUUAGACGGAAGCAAGCCACUGCCGCUGCCGGGAACACCACCUCCGGGAACCCCACCUCCGGGAACCCCACCUCCGGGAACCCUGGGAAGUCCCGAGGCGGGGCGAGAAGGCGGUGUUCCGACAUCAAGCUGGGAGGAAUCCAGACGGACUCCGACUCGUUCUAUGUGAAGGAGGAUUUGGCCCGGAAGUUUGUCUGGAAGGUGGGAGACGUGUCGGGGGGCGGCGGUAUUCCGGAGAUCAGGCGUCGCGUGGCGGUCCAGUGGGACGCUGACCUGGAGGAGGCGGUGGAUGGAGUGAGGUAUAUCGCUGAACACAUGAAGACGGAGGACGGAGAUGAAGGGAUCAUAGAGGACUGGAAGUACGUAGCGAUGGUAAUUGACCGUCUGUUCCUGUGGAUCUUCAUCCUGGUGUGUGUGGUGGGAACCCUGGGUCUCUUCAUGCAGCCCCUCUUCCAGAGCUACAACACUCCUACUGCAGACAGCAACGAGUAUGGUGAUUUCUGAGAGCCCCUGAGAGUGGGCGUUGGAGAGGGAAACCCCGUAGCAGCUAAACGGACCCACUGUCCUACGAACUCUGGAGCAACCUGUGCCAAAGCCAGCACCGUCAGUAGUACUUCUACCCUCGUCAGUAGCUCAUGAAGCAUUAUAAGACAUUCUAGAGGUACUAUACGGUCUACUGUGAGCCGUAUGCUGGAUCUCUCUCUCUAACUCUCUCUGGGCUCUCCAGUCUUCAAGACAAGCUAGAUCUCAACUAACAACAGGAGGCUUUCAGGUUCUCUUCUCUUCCUUCUCAUGUACUAUUCAUGAACACUGUCUCUCUUUCGCUUGUUUGUUCGCUCUCUCUUUCUUUCUUUCUUCUUUCUGUUUGUCUCUUUUUUUCUUUCUUUCUGUCUCUCUCUGUCUCUUGUUCUCUCUCUUCUUUUGAGGAAGAUUUCACAUGGACACACUUUGAACUGUGUUCUCCUCUUUAAGAGAGUGUUCAGUAGUUAUAAUUGCAUUGUCUUAUGUUUGGAAAAUGUGGGUUUCUUCUCUCUCUCUCUGUCUCUGUCUCUCUCUCUCUCUGUCUCUCUCUCUCUCUCUCUCUCUCUCUCUCUCUCUCUCUCUCUCUCUCUGUGUCUCUCUCUGUCUCUCUCUGUCUCUCUCUUUCUCUCUCUCUCUGUCUCUCUCUCUCUCUCUCUCUCUCUCUCUCUCUCUCUCUCUCUGUCUCUCUCUGUCUCUCUGUCUCUCUCUCUCUCUCUCUCUCUCUCUGUCUCUCUCUCUCUCUGUCUCUCUCUCUCUCUGUCUCUCUCGCUCUCAAGCCAUAACACUUGCAGUAGCCUAUCAAACGUAUAGGCCUAAGACUCUACACUUAAAGCUAAAGGAAGGAACCUCAUUUGAAGGACUGACACAUCCCCUGUAACUAUUCCCCAGGUCGUUGCUGCAAAUGAGAACGUGUUCUCAGUCAACUUACCUGGUAAAAUAACGGUAAAAUAAAAUAAAAAAUAAAUAAAAAAAUUGUGAAGAGACUUGUUAUUAAAAUAUGUUUUUUAAAAGCCUAAUGAUCACGCUGCUCCCUAGUUCCACACAACACUCUGCUUAUUGUGUUUAAAUAACAACUGUAUGAAAACAGAAGUUAAACCUGUCAGUAUGCUACUCUACUUCCCACAUAUCUGACUACAUGGCUGAGUCCAAAAUGGCACCUUAUUUCCUACAUAGUGGACUACUUUUGAUCAAAAGGAGUGCACUAUCUAGGGAAUAGGGUGUGGUUUUUGGAUGUAGCCCAUGUUCCAGGAUUUAGCUGGGACGUUCACUUUGUAUCUGCCUUAAUAAUAGAUGAAUACAGCCAAUGACGGUAGACUAAUUAUUACAAGAGGAAAAAUACAAGGGUUUUAACACCAGGAUAUUAUUGAUUCCAAAUCAAUAUGAAAUCUGGAGAAAAACAACAAGAGCAACAAUGAGCUCCUU